AUGCCAAAGCCUGCAGCUGCUAGCUGUGGUGGCUACCCGCCAGACACGACGUCGAAGCCAAAACCUCCAGCAUUUGGCACUGCUAGUAAUGGUGGCUACCCUCCUGACACGACUGGAAAGCCGAAGCCUCCUGCAUUUGGUCAGCCGUUAACGUCCGAUCCGACAGCUUUGACUCCUUCUUUUCCUUCUAAUUUCUCAGGCAAAUCCAUUUUUGGCUCGAACCCGAAUUCAUCAACACAAAUCGGUUCCACUGCGCUAAAGAGUCCAUUCGGCGUUGUCCCUAAGUCAAAUGAAAUGUUCUCGUUUGGAUCAACACGUCCAAGUGACCCAGUAUCUACAGGGGCUACGAGCUCGACACGACCAAGCUUCUCGUUUGACACCUUUUCGUCAAAACUAGAGGCGACUCAGCGAUGGGAUAAAUCCGAGGACCAGCUACAAACAAAACGUACACUUAACUUUGGUGAUACAAGCGCAUUUGAAGCUUCAGCGAAUAAAAUUCCUAUCUCGAAGACCAAAGCAAUGCCGCUUGAUAAUGUGACACAGUCCUCGAAAGAUCUUCCUUCUUCGCGAAUGGAGGGGCAGUUGUGGAAGCUGAUUGUGGACUUCGAUAAGUCGCUAAAGCGAGUUAACAAAAGCGCGACAAGUAUUUUAUCAGAAGAUGUGGAGUUCUCAAAGAAGGUAUCGUCUCAAAUAGACAAGCUAGUUAAGCAGAUUUCGAGCCUCUGCGAUGAGUUGAACGUUCUGGAUGAUGCAAGGGAUCGAAUUGAAAAAGAUGUUUUAUUUGUCAUUGGAAGUGAUGGUGACGUUCACGAACAGCUUGAGUAUGGGCGUGAAAUUCUUGACAGCUUUAAUGAUGAGAGUCUUAAAAAAACUUUAGACGAGCAACCACUUGAUGCGCGAUCUAAGGAGGUAUAUGACUCACUGAAAAAAAAGUUAAGUGAGGUAGGCAAGUGUUGUGUGGAGCUUGAAAGCGAUCUUUCGACAUUGAAAUCCAAUGCUGAUCGAAAUGGUGUCGUGUCGUCCGCGCAAUUGUUUCGUGUAUUAAAAAGGACUUAUGACAAGUCAAAGGCGCAGUACAACAAGGCGUGUGAAUUAGCGGAAUUUUUGGAUAAGCUUAGUCUACGUAGUGAUCGUAUGUUUCAAAUGAGCGGCUCUCGUGUUUUUCAAAGAAGCCAAGCUGAAGCUCGUACUUUAGUAACGAAGGCGGGAAUGACGGAGAUGAUUGCGGAGUCAGAAGAGCGCAGCCAAGAGGUUCGCCGACACUUUUUGAAUUUGUGUAACAAUGUCAUUACUCCUCGUGACGUCUUCUCAACACCCCUUCGAAAGCUUGCUUCCCCCGCACCAUCUACGUCUGUUCCGCCUCUUCGAUCUAAAGCGUGCAGUAAAUUAAUGCCAAAGACGCAGUUGAGUGUUGCUUCUCCAGUAAGCACAGCGACAUCGUCGACAAGGUCUAUUUCCUUCAAAGAGGCGUUACCAAAGACCGGAUCAAAGCUAGCGGCGCUAGCUGAGGCUUUGGCACCAAAGGACGAGCCUGUCAAGCUUGUUGAAACGCCUCAAACGAGUGUGGGCGUCGGAAAGGCCCCGCAGAGACCAAGUCUAGGAGCUUUAACAACCGAGGAUAAACUGGCCCUAUCAAGCCCAUCGAAGCCAAAUGCGCUCAGCUUUUCAAAGGACAGUAGUAAAAAUACAUUUGGAGCACCUAUGGUCAACUAUAAUGAAGUCUCUGAAGCUACUUCAGAGACUUCAUUGUUCGAAUUUAAGUCACCAGCAGUCAAACACAAGCGAAAAGCGAAUGAGAAUUCGACUGUUGCGUUCUCUUUAGGUGGAAACGGUGCUCAAGCAUCUUCCUCCUCUUUUAGCUUUGGGGGAAGUACCGUGCAAUCGCCGUCGGUAGGUGCUGGCACAAUUAAUUACAAAUCACGGUUGGAAGACUUUUACAAGGUGCACAAUCCCGCUAAGCUUGGAAAUGCGCUGGAAAAAACGCUGACAACGUACAAGGGCAGAGAGGAAGAAUUAUUCACUCGACUCUUUACCGUGUACGUUCCGACAUCGAAGCCAGAAGAUGUUCAAACGUAUUUAAAGGGAGGACCUGUGCCACCGAAGUGCGUAUCAGUGGAAGAAGCUUCACAGACUCCUGCGCCUGCAAGUUUCGGGGCGAAGAGCCCAGGUAGUGGGUUCGGAGUCUCAGCUUCAGCUUCGACUACCAGUAGUCCAUUUGGAACUUCUCCAUCAGCGUUUAGUCUCGGUCCUGCUGCGAGCACAUCUUUUGGAUCUGUGACAAGCUCAGCAACAAAUUCUUUUCCGACGUCAACUUCUUCGCCCUUUAGCAAGCCUGCUGUAGAUUAUCGUCAAAAGUUGGUAGAGUUCUACCAGAAACACAAUCCAGAUAAGCUUAGUAGUGUGGAUGCUACCCUUCAAAAGUACAAGGGUAAUGAAGACAAAUUGUUUCAAAAUCUAGCGCUCAAGUACAAGGUAAAGGAUGUGGGUGGAGAAUUCAACGUCCCGCCUGCAAGUCCAGCUGUUCAGCCUGUAACUUCGGGUGCGAUUACAAGUCCGUUUGGCAAUAUAGGCGCUUUUUCAACUCCUAGCACUUCAGCCGGUAUGUCAUUCGGGUCUGCUAGUUCGCUUGGUUUUGGUGCAGCUAAACCGGCUCCCAGUGCGUCUCCGUUCGGAACGGCUCAGGCUCCUGCAUCAUCGCCAUUUGGUGGGACUACUCAAUCUUCUACUGGCUUUGGCUCGGCUCCUGGAAGUGGAUUUAGUGCCUUUCAGCCAACAACCGCGACGACUUCAGCGUUCAGUGCUCCGUCGCCAUUUGGAACAGCAUCUAGCACGUUUGGAGCUGCAGGAGGCACCAACUACCGUGACAGGCUUACAGCUUUUUAUCAACAAUAUAACCCUUCAAAGUUGAGCGCUGUUGACACCACAUUAGCGAAAUAUAAGGGUCGCGAAGAUCAAUUGUUUCAAAUGCUUGAACAGAAGUACGUCAAGAAGACACCAGUGGGCUCGACUUCGGGAGGUUUUGGUAUUCCUAGCACAACAGCAUUCGGGACUACAAGCAGCUUCGGCACACCUUCAACGUUAGGAUCAGCAUCUUCGACUCCGGCAUUCGGCUCGGCUUCUGCCUUAGGAGGUACUCAAUCGGGUUUUGGUGGAAAUGGUUCUGGCUUUGGAAUAGCGACCCGCGUGGGUGGAGGCUUUGGUUCUGCUGCACCGGUCGCUUCGACUGGCACACUCGCAGGCUCUGGAUUUGGAGCAUUUGGCUCGCAGCCGCCAUCCUUCGGUAGCGCUGCACAGCAGCCUAGUGGUUUUGGUGCUACUAAUAGCGGUGGCUUUGGCUUUGGAAGUGGUGCGGCUACUAGUGGUUUCAGUCAACCAGCUGCAUUUAAUAGCUCCAGCUUUACCCAGAUGCGAUGA